UCCCCCUUGAGUCUCUGUUGCAUUGUUUUCAACUUUCUGUCGGACUUUGCACAACAGAACGGUACUAUGUUUCAAAGCAAGGCUACUCUUCCUGACGGGACAAUAGAAAUAACUGAUACGUUACCAAAGCAGGAUUACUACAAAAGCCUUCGGCGAAGUAGUGUCAGCUCACCUGGUUCUCAGUUUACGAUAAACAAUAGCACCAACGUGUAUGACGCAACAAGUGGAUAUAGAAAGUCAAAAGCGAUCGAGUACAAACCGUCAGGAAAGCAAGUUCAAUGUUCUGUUCUUAUGCUGGAAGGCAUAGAGCAAAUAUACACCAUUGAUGUACGUCUAUUUGUUACUUUUAUAUUUUGCAAGUAUCAUACAUUAACCUUAGUUUGUGCGAAAUUACAACUUGAACUUCUUUUUCUUUUCCGGUUAAUAGUCAAGAAAGAAAUCAGAAUUGGUGUAGACAAACAUUUCUACGGCAUCCACCUCUUCAAGUUGAUAUGCGAGAAAUUGGAGCUAACAGAAACUGAGUACUUCGGCUUCACUUAUCGAGGAAACCACAAUGUAGAUAUGUGGCUGAAAAUGGAUGAAAAAAUUACGAAACAGCUUGAAAAAAAUCCCUGGAAAUUUGAAUUCCGGUUCAAAUUCUAUCCGGCUCAUCCUGACUGUCUGAAAGAUGAUCUCACGCGAUAUUUCCUGUGUCUACAAAUUAGGCAAGACAUCAUCUGUGGCCAACUACCCUGCUCUUUCAACACCUACGUUAUCCUCGGUGCCUAUGUUAUCCAAUCGGAGGCAGGGGAUUGGGACGCCGAGGCCCAUGAAGGCAUUGAAUACCUCUAUAAUGUGCCCUUUGCACCAAAAAAUCUGCAAACCUCUGAAAUGCUUAUACGGAUAGCCGAGCUUCAUCAAAAACUAAAUGUUGGGGCUCUUCUGUCCCCCCUCCGAGAAACGGAUGCAAAGAACAGAGCAUACUUUUAUGCUAUGCAAAAUUUCAUAUCAACAGUGGAAGCUGAUGCAGUAACUUGCAAGCAAUCGACAUGGAUACCGACUAGGCUCUGUAAAAAAACCAUAUUCAAUGACAAACUAUUUUCCUCUUCAUUUUCCAGAGGUCGAACACCAGAGCAGGCAGAUCGCAUGUUCCUUGAAAACGCUCGACGGUUGGCCCUUUAUGGGGUUCAUCUUCACCGUGUUAAGAGUCCCACCGGAGAUGAUCUUUCUCUGGGAGUGUACCAUUCGGGUGUGCUGGUGUAUCGCGGUCGCCUGCGUAUGCAACGGUACACGUGGGCGCGCAUAGUGGAACUCUCACAUAAGGGCAAGGACUUCGCCAUGGUUGUGCGCCCUGUGAUCUUUGAUGAGUACAUUGAGUCGCCAGGUGGGGGCUCAAGGCGUCGAACCAGUGUUUCAUCCAUUAAAGGAAACUCCGCUGCUGAGCGUGGAAAUGCCAAGCAACGCUCUCGCUCUGCCAAGCCCUCGUCGGCCACCCAGCGCAAUAAGACCCUCACCUUCAAGUGUCUCAACAGUGAACUCGCCAAGCGACUCUAUGAUGUGGUCAUCGACCACCAUACCUUCUUUAGACUUCGAGAAAGUGGCAGUUCAAGACGGCUAAAUUUGCAGCCCGGCUUCGGCACAAGAAAGUACCAUUACAACAGUCGACCUCAGAUCUUUGACGACAACGAAUCGGGUGUCUGGACGCUCAAUAGAGAUGGAGGACUUCCACCCACUGGCAGCAUCCGUCGCGUGGCUGCUCAACGAAGGCCGGAGCAGUAUGACAAUACCAAAGGACAACUAGUCCUUCUUUUAAAAGGAACAGGAUUCCGGGCUCCCUACGCAACCGUAGAAGACGCUGAUAGCAUAAGAAAUGGCUAUCAAGGGGGUGUAAACACAAUUGGGCCCCACGAGUCGUCAGUGUUGAUGGAAGAAUCGUACGCACCUGUCAAGUCCUCUCACAUCACUACCCCGGUCACCAACGCCGCUCCUAGCAACUCCGUUAAGUCUCCUAUGGAUUGGAUGUUUGCAUCGGAACGCCAAACCCAGAGGGUUCGUCGGAUGUCCCCACCACCGAAUGUGACACCUCAAUUGCCACGACCUGAGCUUAGCCGCCAGCACUGGCAAAUGUCGCCCGCCGACUGUACACAGGGCCUCGGCAUGGACUUUUAUGGCACAGACGUGGCUACCAUGAUGGACGCCGGAUGGCAGUCAACUUAUUCUAUACGCAUUGGCUCUAAAACUGUUUCUUUGAAAGGCAUUAAUCUUCUCCGUGCAUCGCUUUUUGACCGUUUCUCUUCCUUGCAGGGGAGUCGUACAAAUAGGGGAAUCAAGGGACCAGGCGCCUACUACUAUGAAGUGAGCGUUCUUGAAGAUGGUGAUGUUCGUGUCGGCUGGUCGACAAAUGACGCUUCUCUGAUGCUCGGAAUGGACUCACACGGGUACGGCUACGGGGCUGCCGAAAAUGGUAAUCACUUCCAUAAUGCGAAAUUUGCACUUUGUCCUGCUAUAGGUGAAGGUUCUUCCAUAAAGCAGUCGACAAUGGGAAGACUCGUUCACAAUGGAAAGGCCCACGAGAUGGGUUUCCCGGCCUCCGUCACUGAUGUAAUCGGUUGCUUCCUCCAACUGCAAAAGAGUUCCAGCGGUGACGGUUUAGAAGGCAACGUAAUGUGGUCACACAAUGGCCAGUUGGUAACCUCUCCCCACGCCAACCUUGUGUUCAUACCACCCGAAAUCGCCACUGAAUCGGCAUUUUUUCCAAGCAAUGCCCUUCCGCCAACGCGGCGUCCAAAUCUCUUGCAGCCUACAUUAGCAAGCAGCACAGCUGUAUCUUUGCGGGAUGCUCGAGUAUCGUUGAACUUUGGUGAGAAGCCAUUUGUGCACGCUCCUGAACAGAUCUCGGGUGGACGGGUGCGGUGGAUGGCACCUGUAGAGGUGCCUGUCGAGCAGAUGGUACAGAACACCAAUUCUGGUUGGCGUAUCAACCAGUUCGACACAACGUCUACUCUCAACCUCGUCAUCUCAGAAGACGGACGUAUGGCUCAGGCCAAGGAAAACGAAUGGCAGGGCUUCCGCGCCAACAAGGGCGUGUUUGAGGCGGGCAAGUACUACUACGAGUUGGAGAUGGUGGAGGACUGUGGAUACGCGAGGGUUGGCUGGUCCCUUCCCACUGCAGACCUUCAACUUGGGGCGGAUAAUCUUGGCUACGGCUUUGGUUCCGCUCCGGAUGGUAGUCCAGCAAAGAAGGUCUUCAAUGGUGAAGUUGAAGAUUACGGCGUCAAAGUGAAGGCUGGUGACGUGGUGGGCUGUUUCCUGGACCUCGACAACGGCUUAAUCCAGUGGUCUGUAAAUGGUGAGGUGCAACCACCGGCCUAUUAUAUGGACUCCUCCUUUAUCACCCACGACAAGACCAUCUUCUAUCCCACUGCUUCUCUCUUCUGCACCACGCUGGAGGUCAACUACGGUGAUCGACCCUUUAAAUAUCAGCCAUCGGAGGAAUGGUAUCCUCUAUUUGCAGCCGCGGAUGAAUUCGUGCAAGACUCGCCCAAAUGGCCUGUUGACAUCAAUGCAGUCUGCCAGCCACAUUUAGUCACUACACAUUUCCACACUGAAGACUGGUCAUUGGAUAUUACUGCCCUCACUUAUAACACCAUGCAUGUUGUUGACUUUAUUUACUACUGA